UCACCAUGUUCUCGUCUCUGCAGGAUGCGAUAAAGAAGUUGCACGAAAACAAGAAGCAGACGCAGCCGCCACCAGCAAAACGACCCGCUGUAGCCCCUACCGCAACGAGCAGCAAUGCUGACGCCAGAGGUCAGGAUGGCGCUUUGGAUUUUGAUCUGGGCACACUGGACGAACUGCACGGCGCUGAUGGCCUGCUCGACGGCCUGCUGGACGAAGACCUGGGACUGGAUAUGCCUGAGCCCAGCCCGUUGCUGUGCCCACCACCCCCAGCGUUCCAGAAACGCAUUCAGAGGCCAGUGCAGAUAUUGCCCCCAGCCCGCCCUGCUCCCAGACCGCAGUCGCCAGCCCAGAACCCCACCAAUCAGCUCUGUCCACCAGCAUCCACACCACACCGCCCAGUGCCCCACCAGUCACUGCAAUUCACCACGCCACAGCGCCCGUCGCCCCCAUCCCAGCCCAAUAUUGGGUCGCAGCCCUUCCGCAGCCCCUACUCGACCCCGCGCCCGCCCGGCGCCCGGCGCCCCGGCAGUGUUGUGCACCAGGUUGAAUCGGUUGCCAGAACUCGGCCCACCACCACAGGCACGCCAGCCACAGGGCCUGCGUCUACAGAGAUUCCUGGACCGGCAGGGCUAAUUGGCAAGCAAGUGUCGUUGAGCUCGGUCACUCAGCGACCAGCACCCCAAUUCAGGACACCGCUAACAAAGAAGGUCCGCAGCGAGUGUGCGGCAGAUUCGGAUUUUGCAAGCGACACAUGGGCAGAGCUACUAAAGUUCCUGAAGAUGCCCGAUUACAAGCCGUCAAAUGCCGCCAGCAUCACUGCAGAUAUCGAUCACGCGAAGUGGCCCAUCCGUACAGUCCUUCAGUACACCGAGACAAAGCGCGUGCCGACGAUGCUGGUGCGCAUCAGCGACGUGCACUCGUCCGACGUUGACAGCAGCGCAGUACUUGUCGAUCCCACCGGCGAAAUACGAGCCUCAGUCCACAAGCAAAUCAUGCGUAAAUACGGCCAGUUUCUGACCGCUGACAGCUCUAUCGUACUGCGCGAUGUUGUAUCGAUGAAGAUGCCCGGCACCCCGCCGUUUCUGGUUGUCACGGAAGCGUCGAUUGAGAAGAUCUUUGCCCCAGACCACGCAAACCGGCCGGGCCAGAUCACGGUGUCGCAGAUGAACAGACCCAUUAACCUGGUCACGCAGGACUCGGUCCAUCAGAUGACAGCGGCGACACCCAGCAGGGCUUCAAAGCAGCCAGCACAGGAGAACCCGAUGCUGGGAUCCAAAGACCAGCAGCAGAAAGCCAUAGACCUGGAUACCGCACAGCCGGAACAGCCCGCAGAUGACCUGUUUGAUCUGGGCAGCAUCGACAUGAGCUUUUUCAACGACGACUAA